UCUCACCGUGCGCUGGUGGCAGUAAAGGGGCCAUGGCUCUGGCCACAAAUUCCGGGAGGGGGCCGCUUUGCGGCUAAAGCAGCACCAUGUGCCGUCGCAUGACCUUACGCACUGCCGGACGAGUUGCUGCUCAGGAAUCAGCACAGUCCUUGACUCGGCAGUUCUCAGUGGCUGCUUCUGCACGCGCGUUCCUGCUGGAGAUGCAACAAGCACGGGUGGCAUGCAAUGUGCUACACUACAACGCCAGCAUCAUCGCAUGCCACAGGAGCAGUGAGUGGGAGAAUGCCUUAGACUUCUUUGUAGAGAUGCAACAGAGAAAUCUUCAGCAGGACCAAGCACUUUCUUGGCGGGCGCUCUGCCUCUUCUCGAACAUGUGUAGGAGAAGAAUUCAAGCCGACAGCACCUGCAGCUCUGCCGUCCGAGCAUGUGACCUAGGCAGCAAGUGGACAUCAGCAUUGAAAUUCCUGCAGCACAUGAUGGACGACGAGUCCUCGCGCUCGCGAGGCAGCUGUUGGCAGAAAUCGGAGAUGGAUGACUUCACCGAGCAACUGAAGGAGGCUGUGAACCGCAGUGCUCCUGUGGAAGACAGCGAUUUUGGUGCAAGGGAAACAGCUUAAGGGAACUUGGAGGCAUUAGAUUCGAUGAAACCACCAUCACUCUUUGGUGGUUUCAAAUAUUAUGCAUGUUCAACAGGGUUCAACAUGCUUCAACAUUGGUUCAACCAUAUUUGGGAUGGUGGUGUCUAAUGAUCACUAUUGUUGAGGGGGGUUGAAACCAGCAACCACAGCUCUGCAGAGGUGGAGUUGCUGCAGCGCGUAGUUCGAUAUCUUGGCUACUUGCCGGCACCUUUACCUGGACCGGCCCCGAAGACCGGAGUUGGCGUGUUGACGGAGCCGGAAAAACGGCUUUUCCAAGGUGUCAGAUUUCGGGGAUCUGAAAC